AUACAUAUUACUUGCAUUUCCCAGGCAUACGCAAUUUACUUUCAUCGAAGCAAUACCGAAUUAUUUUUCGCUAUUUUUGAACGUCGCCUCUUUCUAUGUUCAAGUACCGCUACAUGGAUGCUACUUCGCCUUCUCCACAUUCCACCCGAUAACAACUCGCCAACAAUAACCACAACUUAUCUAACACUCCAUUGAGGAUUUAUUGGGCUUUCUAAAGGUUCAUAUCCUUUUAUAUUUAUAAAUUUAAGAAAGAGAAAGGGGGAUUAACUCAAGAUGGAUUCAGAUCGCUCACAUUUGUUGGGGUCAGGGGACAACGCAGGUCCUGCGCACGACCACGAUUCUGACGACGAAAUGGCUACCAGUCGCCCGCCCUCAUACCGCCCCGUCGACGGUCAUUCGCAUCAACCAUUACUGAAGGAGGAGCGCCGCGGACGAUUAUCCAAUUCCAGUGACCAUGGCGAUAUCGGAGGCAGGCCUAUGCUGCACCAUGCGUCCAUUCGAACCGAAAGUCCUGGCCAUGAAGCGGAAAUGGCUACUCGUCGGAAAUACACCAUCGCAGCGAUAUUUUUGGUUUUGAGUUUGGUCAGCUUCGUCGCGCAGACCGAGGCGGCGGUUUAUAUUCAGCAUGAUUUGAAAUAUGAUAAGCCAUACCUUAUGCUUUACCUUACGCAUGGCUCUUGGAUUGUUAUCUGGCCAAUUCAGCUCGUCAUUCUUCGGUUCCAGAACCGGAAGCUCUCGUGGGAUGCAUUCUGGCGACGUCAUAUGUACCAGAUCCGGACCACAGCGAGGAUGGCCGAGUUUCAAGAAUUACACCCUAAUCCACAUUACAACCGAUCCAUCAUUCCCUACUUGCUCAGAACAACGGCAUUUGUCACCACUGCUCUUACCAUCGCGGGCGGUUCAUGGUACGUCGCAGUCAACUUGACUACGGCGAGCGAUUUGACGGCAAUUUACAACUGCUCUGCCUUUUUCGCAUACGCCUUUUCUAUCCCUAUUUUGAAAGAUAAAUUGCGGUGGGACAAGGUUCUUUCGGUUGGGGUUGCGAUUAUUGGUGUCCUUAUUGUUGCGUAUGGCCCAGACGAACAUGAGGCGAAGGACACACCGGAUGGCACGAUUGGACAAGCGAAGGAUGAAGCUCAGCACCGACUGUUAGGCAAUAUUCUCAUUGGCAUCGGAAGCGUGCUGUAUGGCCUGUACGAAGUGCUGUAUAAGCGAUAUGCGUGUCCCCCAGAGGGCACCAAUCCGGUGCGCAGCAUGGUAUUUGCCAACACCUUUGCUAGUAUGUUUGCGAGCUUCACUGUGUUCAUCCUGUGGAUUCCUUUGCCUAUUUUGCAUAUCUUGGGCUGGGAGAGGUUCGAAUGGCCCACAGGCGAGGUUGGCUGGAUGGUGAUGGUUUCUAUUAUUUCCAAUGCUACAUUCUCCGGUUCCUUCUUGGUUCUCAUUUCCCUCACAUCACCGGUGCUUUCUUCCGUCGCGGCUCUCCUCACUAUCUUCCUUGUCGCAAUUGUCGACUGGAUGCGCACCGGAGAGGCCCUCUCUCUCGCUUCAAUCAUUGGCGGUAUAUUGAUUAUCGUCGCAUUCUUCCUUCUCAGCUGGAGCUCAUUCCGAGAGAUGAGAGAAGAGCAGAAAAAGAAAUCUAUCGAGGAUGAGAUGGAUUCUGAUAAUGACGACUAGAGGUGAUAAAAGGGAAUAUAGACUCGAUAUAGACGAUUUCGUGAUUCGUUUCCUUACUUUUUCUCUCAUAUUUUUGCCUUGUCCUUUUGUGGUCUGAGUUAUAGCAAGGCGCAAGGCGUGGGCACGUUUUCAAUUAUUUUGGUGUAUGGAUCAUUGUCAACCUGCCAUACCAUAAAGUUUUGUUUCUUUUUCCCCUUCAUACCUUACAUGCUUUCCAUAUUCUUCAUGUAUAUUUGCUUUGCUUACUUUUCUUUUCACUGCUUUUGAAAGUUACAUAUUACAGGAUUUAUAGAGCCUAUGCUGUCUUGUUCACUGCUUUCGCUAGCAGAAGGCAUCAUGUGAUAAUACAAGAUACCCGACGCCGGGAUUUCAAAAUAACCAAC